UUGCAGCAAACCCGACUAGAAGCAGCGAGUAAGAACCGAUUCGAGCUAUCGUCUCUAGUUCAGAUUUUUUCUUCUAUAAACAGUUUGCUGGCUUACUCAAGGCUGGCUUCAUUAACCAAGCAUGCAAAAAUAUGAAAAGCUUGAAAAAAUUGGAGAGGGUACGUACGGGACCGUUUUCAAGGCAAAGAACAGAGAAACCCACGAAAUCGUGGCUUUGAAAAGGGUCAGGCUGGAUGACGACGACGAGGGGGUGCCAAGCUCUGCCUUGAGAGAAAUAUGUCUCCUGAAGGAACUAAAGCAUAAAAAUAUUGUCAGACUGCAUGAUGUGUUGCACAGUGACAAGAAGUUGACCUUGGUUUUUGAAUACUGUGAUCAGGAUUUGAAGAAGUAUUUUGACAGCUGCAAUGGGGAUCUAGAUCCAGAAACUGUGAAGUCAUUUAUGUACCAGCUGUUGAAAGGCCUUGCUUUCUGUCACAGUCGAAAUGUUCUUCAUCGAGACCUGAAGCCACAGAAUCUGCUUAUCAACAGGAAUGGAGAAUUGAAGCUUGCUGACUUUGGGUUGGCUCGAGCUUUUGGCAUUCCUGUGAGGUGUUACUCAGCAGAGGUGGUGACAUUGUGGUAUCGACCUCCAGAUGUGCUGUUUGGUGCUAAACUUUAUUCUACCUCUAUUGAUAUGUGGUCAGCUGGAUGCAUAUUUGCAGAGCUUGCGAAUGCUGGACGGCCUUUGUUCCCUGGAAACGAUGUGGACGAUCAGUUAAAAAGAAUCUUCAGAUUGUUGGGUACACCAACUGAGGAGCAGUGGCAGACAAUGACGAAACUUCCAGAUUACAAGCCAUAUCCCAUGUAUCCAGCCACCACCUCGUUGGUGAAUGUGGUUCCCAAACUAAGCAGCACAGGACGGGAUCUACUGCAGAACUUGUUGAAAUGUAAUCCCGUCCAGAGGAUCUCUGCAGAAGAGGCCUUGCAGCAUCCUUACUUUGCUGAUUUCUGCCCGCCCUAAAUGCUACAUUGCCUCUCCACGAGCUGCAGCCGCAAGACUCAAUCUUCUUUCAACCUGUUGGGUCGUUAGGACUGAUCCCAACAAGGCUAAUCCUUCACUGGGUUUCAAACACUCCCCUGCAGUUCAUUCUGUCGUGCCUCUGUGUUGAACAAAGCCCAGUGGCUCUUUCAUGUUUUAGUUUCUUUCAAGUUGAAGGCUUGUUUUAAAUUGGUACAUACACGCCUCCCAGUUAAUUAGCACUAAAGUGAGUGGUUGUUAUUUUCAAUACAUUUUAUAUGCUUGUUUUUUGUUUUUUACGAAAAGCUACUUUGCCGCAAACAGUACGUUUACAUGAAAUAUGAAAAAAUCAGAUGUGAUAGUGCCAGUCCAACUAAAUCCAGACUUUUCGAAUACAUGUAAGGCUAGUGCAGCUGAAUGGUUAUAAAUUAAAUUAAAGUUGAACCAACACUCAGAUAAUGUGGCUUGGAUUGAAUUAUUCUUACAUGUCUAUUUUUAAUGAAGCUCAAACUGGUCUUGGGUUUCUGUGCAUGUUCUGCUCUGGGCUUUAACACAGAAGUUACAGUCAAAGCCAGUAGCAGAGAAUUAGGUUCCUCAUUUGUUUAAGGGAAUAAGUCAGCCAGAAAAGGAGUAUAUUAUUAACUACCGUAGUUAGGUUUCACAUACUUUGAUCAAUACAUUGAUUUCUCUCCUGUGGUUGUAUACUGGGACAAAGAAUAAUUUAAAAGUCCUAGUUUGAAUUAAAUAUGCAUGUAAACGUACUGAGCAAAGGCAACAUGCUGUUUUAGACUUGUCCUCAUCUUAUUUGGCAGAUAACACAUCGGUUCCCCACACUUUUUUUUUUUUUUUUUUAAACACAUGUUUUGAUCCCAAACUUUAUAUUUAAGAGUUUGGAAAAGAAAUGUAAUAGACUUUUAACAAAGAUGUGAUGAGUUAAUUAUCUGGCCUGGUUUACUCAGGCCAGAUGAUACUUUAAAGUUGCUGUCUGUUACAGGGUUGUGCUAAUUCUGCCAGUUGGAAAUUUAAAAACAAUGAAAAAUAAUUUCUUCUUCUGUUUCAAGUUUCCUGGGUGUAAUGAUGUCGUUUGGUACAGAUCACAGGGAAAUGAGGAUCUUGUUCAAAUAACCGCUACAGAAAAAAAGCAGCAUUAAAGUACUUAUUGUUGCUCCUCAUGUGCAACUAUGUGCAGACCCAAAUUGAAAUCUCACCAACUGAAUGAUGUCCUUGUUUCACCUGCUAUCACUGCUACCAAAUUACAGCCUUUUCCCAGGAAACAGUGUAGAAAUGGAUCAUCCAACUACAGACAACAAUAAAUCGGACCACACUUUUACAGUUUCUCAUUCCAGAUGCCAGCUUUAUCCCUCUACCCAUUACAAGAUUGUACUAUAAAUAGGGGAGCUAAUUUAUUGUUUUCUUACUCUCAAGCUUUUGAUCUCUCAUUUUGUAUUUGUCUUUUGCGCACUUUGUCACUGAUAGUUUUCAUUUGAAAUGUCACUUAUACAGUAUAUGAACACCGACUGUCAGGAUUAUAGCCAGUUAUCAAUAAAUGGGCCAUUAUAUACACAUAUUGACUAUUGGACCAUUAGUCUCCACAUUACCUUUUUAUUUUUUAAUUGUUAGAAAUAACAGCCUGUAAUUAGCAGUUUCCAUUUAGUAUUUUGUUAUAAUAACAUGGUUAACAACUUGCAGUGUUAUUUUACUUCACAGUUAUAGUGCUCCUUUUGCACCUAAAGCCAUUGUGAGUACUUCCUGACGCAGCUGUCUUAGUAGGCAAAAGAUUUAUUUUCAUUUUACUGAUGUAAGACAAAAUCAUGGAUGCAUGUAUUUAUUAACUGAGGAUGGAGUGUGUAUGUUUUUGUUUUUCUUUCUGUAAAUGUAGCAUAACUUGGUACGAAAACUCCUUUUCAGUAGAUAAUCAAAACUGUUGCAAUUAACUGGCUCUUUUUAGAUUUUUAAAAUGUUUGAAAGAGGUGUGCCUGUUUAAUUUAAAAUCGAAAAAGGAAAAAAAAAAAAAAGAAAAGCUUGCUCUCUUCAUAUUCCAUUGUGCCCUGUCAUCACAGCAGUGAUAACAUUUUAUUUUCUACAGCAUUGUAAGUUGUAAUUUGAAUGAAGGAGGGGUUUUGCACUUUGGAUUGUGUCAUUGCUUCUGGCAGUAAAACUUGAGACAAAUGUUGUGAAUGUGUGUAGAAAUAAGCCAGUAAGAUUCAGUAAAGUCAACAUAAAUACA